AACUGAGUAAGUGGGUACCAGAUUUGAAUGCAUUGCUUUUUCAUUCUUUGUUGGUAUCCGUCUGGCCACAACUAUGGUCUCGAUUUUGGAUAAAAUUAUUGUGACCAUGGACGAUGCUUUGAACAAACUUCUUGGUGUGUUGAAGAAUAUCUUUUAUGGAAGAGCUGAGUUUCACGAAGGUGUCUGUAUAGCUUAUGAUCACGUGGAUGAAAUUUUGAAGACGUUCCACUUAUUUCGUCAUCUUUUAGAUCUACCGUAUCCUGAUUCUGAGUUAUAUGCGUUCAAAGUGGAAAUCUCUUGCUCGAUACAAGAUUUGGUGCGUGGUACUCCCAUGGCAUUGAGUGAUAUUCCCUUGGAGUUAAAAAGUUUCAAAAUAAGGAUGAUGAAUGCUAUAAGGAAUCUUCUCGGCAUUCCCAUUACUCCACCUGAUCUCGUCCCCACAACCACUCUACACAAUCCUACAUCUACUGAUGUGGAGCGUACGAUUGGGGAUUCAGUGAGAGUUCCUGCAGUUGAUGCUGAUGGUGUUUCUGUUGAAGGUAUUGUUAAUGCCUUUCCAUCGGAUCUUGUCGCUGUUGAUACGCACGUUGAUGCACUGAGCAAGAGAGAAGUUGCCAAGGAUCCAACAUUGAGCAAUGUCAUCAUCGCAUGUAGUAGCCUUGUGCCUUCAUCCAAAGCAGCCCAAGUAGCAGAUGUAAAUUAUACACAAGCGGCUAUCCCACUGUCAUUUGAUAUCAUCCAGUCCUCUGCCCAUGCGAAUAUAGUGGAGUCCGAGUAUUGGGUUUCACCACCGGUAGCUAAGUUUGUAUUUGAUCUUCUCUCUUAUGCCCAUCGUGAUACUCCAAUUUGCAGGCAUAAUGAAGAUCUAUCAUCAAGUGGGCAUAAUCUUUGGGUCAACAUUUUUUCUCCAGUCUCGAAGCAUGAGUGGGAGCCUCCACCUUGAGGACAAGGUGUUUUUCUAAGGGGGGCCGAAUAAACAACCACAAAAAGCCAAAGGACAUUUGAGUUGUUGUUGAUACACCACUUACUAAAUCAGUCACCUCAUAUGACCAAGAAUAUAAGGCCAAUACACCAUCCAUCACCCAUCUUUGUUUGUCCCCUCUUUUUAGCCAGAAUAUCCACCACAAUCAUCAAAGGAUUUCAUUCAUUUUUUGUGAUUUUUGCCUCCACAACAGGACAGACAAAGCCAGCUCCAAAGCUAAGACAAAG